CUGGAGAAGCAAGCCGAAGAGUUCCUCAAUGCUGUCUUCUACAGAAAGGACCUCCCAAGCUUCUCGGACCCCCACAUCCCUCUAGUGGCUCGUGAGAUAAUGCAGCGAAUGAUCCGUCAGUUCGCUGCCGAAUAUACCUCAAAAAACAGCUAUUCUCAGGACACCCCCCACCACCCCCAGCCCAACGGCAUCAAGGACCAAAGCCGCCUCCUGCCGAGAGCGGCCUCUCCAGCCCCGGCCCCCCUCGCCCUGCCGGGGGCUGGUACCGGUGCUGCUGCCUCUGCACAGAACCCCGUCCUCAGCAAGCUUCUCAUGGCCGACCAGGACUCUCCGCUGGACCUCACCGUCAAGAGGCCUGACCCCACAGAGACCAAAACAGAGGAUGGAGUCCUGGACCUCUCCACCAAGAAGGCCCACGGCACCGUCCUCAAAAACUCUCACAGUUACACCCUAUCGCCCACAGUCAAGGGGCGUGCCCUGAGAGUUGAGCACUCCUUUCGGGACGUGGAGGACGAUGACAUGCUGCCGAGAAGCUUACAGGACGGGCUGAGGGACAGCUACGUCAGUUCUACCCCCCUCAAGCCCCCAUUGGCCCAUUCGCUGCUUAAAAAGGAGGAGCUCCUCAGCCAGAAGCACCGCCUCCUCGGCCAGCCUCCCGCUCUCUCAUUGGCUAGUCUAGAGGCAGCGGGGCUUCUCAACCACGGGAACAAAGGGAACCACGUGCAGCCCCACCCCCUCCUGGCACGGGACGGCUCUCCGUGGGGUUCCUCCAGCGGUAAAGCCCACCACCACCAACUGGACAGCCUGCUGAGGCUGAAGCAGGCCAGCGCCAUCCUCUCAGACCUCCAAGACCUGCCUCUGUUCUUGGACAACCACCACCACGGGGCGUUCUCCUCCAAGAGCUCCUCCGGAGGUGGUCUCCGCCACCACCAUGGCUCCACCAAGACCCACCAUGAGGUGGUGGUGAAGAGGGAGCCGGGAGGCCACCACUCCCCGCCCGUGGACCUGAAGAUCCCCCAGGUGAGGGGCAUGGACCUGUCAUGGGACUCCCAUGCCUCAGACCUGUACGGGUACGGGGCCAUGGUGGUGGGCGCCGGGGGCCACGGUGGGGUGGAGAAUGCUUUGAGCAGGAAGCUGAGGGUCAUCCUGCCCAAGCAGAACCGACGUGCCGGUAGCCUGAGAGGCAGCCUGGGAGGUUUUCUGGAUGGGGCGGCAGACUACUGGAGCUCCGACGUGGACCAGGGGACCUCUGGGCAACCAUACCCGACCUCCGACCCCGAGGGCGACCCGUGCUCUAAGCAGCCCAGGAAGAAGAGGGGGCGCUACCGCCAGUACAACAGCCAGAUCUUAGAAGAGGCCAUCGGCAUGGUGAUGGGCGGGAAGAUGAGCGUGUCCAAGGCCCAGAACAUGUACGGGAUCCCUCACAGCACACUGGAGUACAAGGUGAAGGAGCGACUGGGCACACUGAAGAACCCUCCUAAGAAGAAGCUCAAAUUGACCUUGAGGAUGGGAGGACAGGAUUCCGCCGCCGAGUCAGAGACCACGCCAACCGCGACGCCGCGAGAGGUUGCGCCUCCGGAGGCCGCCGAUCUGAACCACGAGCAAAAAAUGAAAAUGGAAUUUGAAGAUUAA